GAUCGAAGAGCGAAACCUUCCAAAGACUUCAUGGAACAUCCUGCUUGAGAACAGGUGGAAGUACCAUGGAUGUCACGUCACGAGUAGAGACAGCUUCCGUCCUUAGCCUUAUUAACUAAAGGAUUGUUCAUUUGUUGAUUUGUAUCGAUUUGAAAGCGGACUUAAGAGAAGUACGAAUGAACUGAGAGGGACGAUUAGUUCGGAACAUCUGAUGACUUUGUGAGUACGUGCACAAGUUCGGAGUGCGCCGUAUAAGGACGGAUGAAGUAAAUUACCGACGUUGGGGUACCAACUCGCGUUACCAGCCCAGGCAACCUGCGAUUCUAUGGUUAUUGACCAGAAGGUUAUUCGGUGAUUCUUGAUAAGGAAAUUAAAUGGAGUGAAGCAGACCUCAGAGGAAUACAAAACUAAGAUGUACCUAGCUUUCGAUAAAAUCAUUUUAUUACGAGGUCACUGAUGAUGUUGCACCUGUAAGGGAAGAGAUUUUAUUUUACCAUGAGAAGUGUGUUCUGUCUCCAAAGACCAUUGUAGCUUACUCGUUAUAUGAAGAAACCGAGGGCAUGACGUCUUAAAAUAAAAUGAUAAAACUAAAAAAUUAAUGACUGGAUACAAACGAGAACCUUACUUAAUUCAGCUCAGUAGGAGUGUUAUGAUGAAUCAUUAUGAGCAGGCCUGCUGUAUCGAGCUGUGGAUUUCUCUUUCGUGAGGAACUUUCUCUGUAGAAUAGGUCACCCAGUUAGAUGCCGUAGGUUUAAACGUGCCAACUGACGAGCGAAGACGUUCGAAAGGUAUCAAGGAAAUCAUCAAAGCAUUUUUCAAGUAGUAAGCUUAUCGCCUUGCUAUAAUAGAUAACGUAUUCUUUCAACGUUGACAGUGAUUCAUUUGAUACUGAUAGGGACCGUUCAUUUGGAACGAGGAGACGAUAGGUUUAGCAUGUGGGAUGUCAUGAUCUUUCACGUUUCGCUAUGUUAUUGACUAUCGGGAAGUGGUUGGAUUUAUAUUGUGUUGCCUAAUGUUGGAUUACUGUUAUCAGAUCUCUCGUGUCGCAUCAAGUGACAGCAUCGCCUCGCCCAUGCGCUGGGAGACGCUGAACGCAAUCAAUUAGUAUGAUACAAAUUACGUUCUGCUUUUUUACGACAGACAUGCAAACUGCCACUUAAUCACAUGCAGGGUGGUUAAACAACGGCGGAAGCGGCACGAGAAUGUUCUUAAACUGAGGCAGCGACCACAACGAUUUAUGGACCAAAUGAACAACAUCCUUCAUCAACUUAUUAAUUUCGUGAUAUAAAAUCUUACAUAUUCUUCUAAGACGAAAAGGAUCUCCGCACAAGUCAAUUCGUGUUUUUCAUAAAUCUCCGCAGAUUCCGCUGUAAUGGUAUCCCUCGAGUCUGUCGUCUCCGUAGCACCGGGUGCGAGGUCAGUGCGGCGCCGGAUACUUAAAAUGCCUUGACAAAAAGCUUACGUGCAACUCAUUCAUCAGCAAAGACUUGUGGUCAGACUGGCGCCUGGAAGUGAUGGGAUACAUUUGAAAUAAUGUUGAGCUUGCAAAACUGUUGGCGCUAUUACGGAGAUACUAUUAGUGCCUUUAGUCUGCACUGCGGCACGACAGCAGACCAUAAAUUGGAGAUGAAGUGACGAUAUCAAUUAACUUUAUACUGGUACCAUCGUGGUAUACAUGUAAAGCGGGCAUGCAACUUAUAUUGAAUAUGACCUUUGUCGGUUGACCACAGCUUUUUGUUUACUCAAAGUACUGUGAUAAACAAUAGGUUCGCGUGUGUUACCUGCGGACAUAAGAACAAUCGGCGUGAAAUCCUCGGAGUUCCGUCAUCUCGUCUGCGGGAAUAAUUUGUGUGAAUGGGUUAUAAUUCAAUUCAUCCUUAGAGAAAUCAACCCGAAUCAUCCGACCUUUGUGGCCGCGUCGGGAGCAGGUUGGACUGCAAAUACGUUCAAAAUUUCUUCGGACCUCACCAUCGACCCAAUCUAGCCCCUGGGGCGUUCACAAACAAGUUCUAAUGAAUCUAGGAAUCUAAAUUUCAUCAAUUGUACGCUUACCAUCUGAAGGAGGCAGCUUGGCCAACCAUUGGCGGAGUUAGGUUUGUUUUUCAAGUUGUACCAACACGCAGGUACACGUUCCGUGCACUUUGUGAUUAACGUAUUUAUAACGUAUCGAUCGGGCCAAGAGGUAUCGAUUCCUGAGUAAAAGCAGUUGUCGGGGUGUUUCUUCGAGAUAAGGCGUUUUCACUGGAUGUAUGUGUACUUUAGUGCUUUGUGAUUACUUCAUUGGACGCUCAAUAUCGAGACAUGUCACGGAAUGUUGAUGAACACAUCAUAAGGAUGAGCUAAUUGAGGUGUUGUCCAAGCGAUUGAAAAGGCAAAAGCUAGAUUCAUGGACAUCACUUCUUGAUUAGGAGUCGAAGCAAGCAAUAAGGAUAUACUAUUAUUCAGAGCCGACAAUCUACAGUGGGAGAAAGGACGCAAAAGCAAUCAAAGCAAGUGAAGAUUUAUUGGUACAAUUGUGGCGUUGCUCACGCAAGUUGGAAGAAAGAAAGAAAUCUUUACAAAAAAGCGCCACAUUUGAAAAUACUGUUGAUAACACAAAAGCGCUAUCUUCCGAUUCGUCAUGUUAAGAGGAAGUUUGGUGUCAUUGGAGGAUUUUUGAGGAGAACAGUCUUGCACACAAUAUCCUAGAAUGUUGUAACUGGUUUUCUUCUAACACCCUUGGAUGCGUCAAAGUAUCGUACAUACAUUGUACAUAUACGUAACUAAAGUAAGCAACAUUAUUCACGUGGAGGAGGAAUCGACUAGGGAAGACGAGAGCAGUACGUACAUGUAAUUGAUAGUAAUAGCCACUUUGCGACAAGAAGUUACAAUUGUAAAGUGUGCCAUGUUAUUGGGAGCACUUACACAUAAAUAUAUCUGAUUGGGGAGAUUGUUCUUAAUGGAAGCGUAACAAUCAAAUGCCAUUUCGAGAUUCGACGGUAGAUUUAACUUGGACCAGUUAGAUUUGGGUCGUGGAGUGUGGAUAUAGGAAUGGUGUGUUCCAGUCACUGCACGUAAUAAGUACAUGUACUCUAUUGGUAAAUAACUGCAUCAUGGAGAAACUGCCUCGUGGUCGGGAAUGAGGAAUGAUACUGAUAAAGUCGUGCGAUGUUAUGCUGUUUAUCAUGUUUACAGCAUAUAAUGAGGAUGAGCACGGUAUUUAAGGAUAUGUGUUUGAUUUGAUACUUAUACUAACAUCACAAUGACUUUUGUGUGAUUCGAAAGGCGGAUAUCAAUACUUCGAUGCACUUGUGGAUACUGAGCGAAAAAACACGUUUGCAAUGCAGUAAGGAAUUGUCCAAAACAUGAGGUUGUGACCACGCCAGGCUUCUUGCAAAUGACUAAAGAUUUUUUGUUUUACGACGAAUUAUGUUAUGGAGUUAAGCGAUUAUUAUUCAAAGGAAAACAUAUUCUGUUGCAUAAUUGAGUCAAGACGAACCAACGACAUGUCGAUAUACAUGUAGUUGAAUAAUUUAAGACUUCUAAGUACUGAUUAAGAUUCAAAAUGACAUGAGGCUAAUUAUAUUUGAGGUAAAAAGCCAAAGCAUUGCACCAGAAUAGGGCGUUACAGACACUAGCAUGGAAAAUAUUACCACAAGCGCCAUUGAAAUAACAUCAUUAGCACCGACCUCAAACAUCACUGAUACGGAUGAUAUACAAUUUGACUUGUAUAUGAUACCUGUUGGUAUUCUUCUUGUGCUCAUCAACCUAGCGACAAUUGUUGGUAAUACUCUCGUAAUCUUGGCCAUCCGCUACGAACACUGCUUACGUACCACCACUAACUACUUCAUCAUCUCACUGGCUGUGGCAGACAUGAUGUUAGGCUUUCUGGUGCUCCCCUUAUCGUCCGCUUACGAGUUACUCGGUGUUUGGCUGUUUGGUAGAGUCCUAUGCACCGCUUGGGCAGCCAUAGAUGUCCUGGUCUGUACCGCGUCCAUCCUGAAUUUAGUCGCCAUUAGCCUAGACCGUUACAUUGCAAUCAGCAGACCAAUGCAUUACCAUAACUUUGCAACUCAUAGACGGGUUGUGGCCGCCAUCUUUGGAGUCUGGGGGCUCUCCGUUGCUGUUUCGAUUCCACCGCUCUUCGGAUGGCGCGCUGAGCGCACCGACCCCAGGCAGUGUGAGCUCACGUCCGGUAUGGGUUACGUUAUUUAUUCCGCCCUUGGGUCCUAUUGGAUCCCCUUGCUUAUUAUGCUGUUUGUCUACGGUAGGAUUUACACGGUUGCUAUGAGCCAAGCGAAAAAUAUCCAGAAAAACCAGCAGCUCGGGAUGUUCCGAGGUCGCGAAUCGGUCGAUACGGAUUUAGCCGAUAGCGCCCGAAUCAACAAAGGCGUAAAUCGAAAGGAGUCCAAAAUAAGUUCCUCUGGGAGUUCGCUUUCACAGGAAAACAUUCAUGAGAAACAUUACGUCAAUAGAAAAGAUCGUGGUGUGACGCUUGUAAAAAGAUUAAAACGCUUUAGUAAGGAGGCACGAGCAACAAGGACGUUAUCAAUUGUGAUAGGCGCUUUCGUCAUAUGCUGGUUACCGUUCUUUAGCGUCUACUUAAUAGGUGGCGUAUGCGAGCACUGCAUCGUUCCCCGGGCACUGUUUAAAGCAUUUUUCUGGUUGGGCUAUUGCAAUUCUUUUUUGAAUCCUAUAAUCUAUCCUCUAAUGAACAAAGACUUUAAGAGAGCAUUUCGUAAGCUUGUUCGACGAACGUACUGUCGCCGCCAUUCCAUCAGUUACUUCGAUAACCGCGGUCACGGUAAUCAUAAAGCUGCGAAGAACCGCCGGUUGCGGUUGAGUGUGCCAUACGGGGGUCACACGCCUCCGGAAUCCCCGAACCUGAACUCUCGCGUCUCCUCGCCGGAUCCGCCGCAACAAACACGUGAUUCGAGACUUUCUAGUCUCACGUCGGACAAAGACAAAAUGCACAAUGAUGCUACACACAGAAGUACUGGUGCUAUACUGGAUGAGACGGAGCCCCUAAGGAACUUGACUUUGGAAGAGUACGAACAAUCUCCUGGGCGAAUCCCGAGGAGUUCAGACAACGUUUUGUUGGAGAGUAACCCGUAUUUGGCAGCAAGGGAAGCUAAUGCUUCAAAACUACGAAGGGACACGCAAGCAAAUCUUCGAGAUAUCUGCUAUAGUGAACCUAAUAUUAUAGACUUCGAUUCAUGCCAUGGUGCUUUUGAUGACAGUACCAGGCGGAAAUCCUCCCUGAGCAAUAAUGACAUAUCAAUGGCAGAAAUAACUAGUGAUACGAGUUCAGAUUCUCGAACAAAAAACUGUAUACGCCAGCCAAAGGACCGGACUAUUAGGAAUACAUCUUUGAUAUUGAGUAUACCGCCCUCUAACGGCAAUGCUAAUAGGUGCAAUGAUUUUCAACAAAGUUUGACAUUUGAUAAAAAUCUCAAUCGAUAUUUGGAUACUAAUACCAAAUCUACGCCAAUUUUAUCCCGGUCCACAGGUGAUUGUACAUGUAAUAGUGUAAAUAAUAAUAUUCUUAACUCAUUGAAGUUCAUAGAUGAUGGGACAUCUUCCCCAGGUGAACCCGAUGUCAACAUUAACGCCAUUACUAUUUUCAGGACUUUAAGUCAGAAACAUAUGCAUCCCUGUUGCUGAGCAAUACUCCUUUGAGAACUUUAAAGCAGCGCCACAAUCGGCGGAAGUUGGAACCAGAUAUCAAGAUUUUGUAUCCGGUUAUGCGAAAUCAGGAAAUUUAGUGUCACGCUUCUACCGAUAAUGGCACUCAUUCAAAGUCAAGGAGACUUCAUCACCUUUCUCAAGCUAAAUCGACCGGAAAUACUUAUACGUUCCUUCCAGUUGGUCCGAUUCUGAUUGCGCCGGUGAGGCAGAACUUAAAGCUGCUGAUUGGUCAGUAAGACAGGAGGUCAGUUCGUGCGGCCGGCAGUAGCGAUCGUGUCGACCCUGGUGUCGACAAUGACUAUUCUAUUGAGUCAAGGUUUUAUUUUAAGUGUACAUUGUGUUCUGAGUUAAUUUUUGUGUUCACCACAUUAAAUUUUAUGAUAAUAUUUCGGUUCCAGCUGGAAGUUGGUCAGUUAGUGAAAGUACCGUUAAUGUUAAAGUUCCCAAAACUGCAAAGCAUAAUUAGCUGGAACCACUGUGAAAGUGAACUUAGUCCUCGAGGGGAACUAGUCCUACUCAAGUGUCUGAUGGCUUGCUGCAAACGUGCCUGGCUAUGUCAAUGGCUUUGGCCAUCUUAAAUGCCAAGGGAGUUUCUCUCAAUAGGACUAAGUUUCCUUUCAAAUCAGUUUUAUAGUGUCAGUGUUAGUAUGUAUGGACAAAUUUCACAGUCCUGUAACAAUAGGCAGGUUUCGCAACCCCUACGAACUACGAACUACGAACUACGAGCAUCAGUCGUGUCAUCAAGUCUUGAGCUACAUGUGGAAUUACGCAACACUCUUAAAUCACAUUCUGCAGCUGUACAACUACAAGAAAUACAUAUGGGAAAGAGUUUCAAGAAGUCGUCAUUAAAGUAAUGUUUUAUAUUUCGUCUUUCGUAGCUCUUCGUAGGGGUUGUGAAUCUGCAUCUUAGCUCUCCUCCAAUGAUCACACAAUGUCUGGUCGUACAUGUAGACAGCGAUUGUGAGAAAUAAUCGAUGCAAAAAUAGAAUACCUCAAUAAUUGAUGGACUGCCAUUCUCUAUCAUGUAACCCAUUGUAAAAAUAUACGCAUCACUGAUGACACAAAGGCCACCAUAUCAAUGAAUAUUUUGAUUUUCUGUUUUCUGUAUGUCCAUAGUCAGAUAGAAUUCGUUUUUGAAUGAUUCCGGUAUAACACAGCUCAAAUGUUAAGCGAAGAACAGUUAUCAACAAAAUACCUACGACAAAGAAACCAUUUAUAACUUUUGACAACAAGAAUACGCGCCAGAUG